AUGGAGAACUACAAGACGCUUGGAUGGAUAGGCGAAGGAGCGCACGGAGUGGUCAUGAAGGCUCGCUGCUCUUUGACGGGCAGGGUAGUGGCGGUGAAGAAAAUUCCGCACAGGGGAACUGCCGACAACAGCCUGCCAUGCGCGACACUGAGGGAAAUUAAGGCCAUACAACACCUGGAGCACGAAAACGUAGUCAGGCUACUCGAGGUGGUCGCCAGCAGCAGCGGCGUCCUGCUGGUGUUCGAGCUGCUGUGCUGCAACCUCUCCACGCUCAUCCACAACCCGGAGCGACCUCUGGGUGAGGCGCACGUCAAGUGCUGCAUGCGGAUGCUGUUGUGCGGCCUGGAACACUGCCACAGCAUGGGCAUCCUGCACAGGGACCUGAAGCCCACUAACGUGCUGGUGAACAGUGAAGGUAUCUUGAAGCUGGCCGACUUCGGCCUCGCCUGUCUGGAUUCGAGGGACCGGGAGCACAGCUCCGGCGUGGCGACGAGGUGGUACCGGGCCCCGGAGCUGCUUUACGGGGCGCAGCGCUACGGACCCGGCAUUGAUCUCUGGGCUCUGGGAUGCGUGUUUGCUGAGAUGCUGAACGGCUCGCCUCUAUUUCGUGGUGAAAGCGACAUCGAACAACUGUGCCUAGUAAUCAAGGCUCUUGGAACUCCGGAUGAACAGGUUUGGCCGGGCGUGCGAGAGCUGCCCGACUACCACAAGAUCAGUUUCUCGGAGAGCGCUGGCGUCCCCUGGCGGACUCUCCUGCCUGACGUCAGCAAGCACGCGAGGGACCUGGUCAGGGCAUUCGUGUGCUACGACCCGGAACGGAGGAUGACGUGCUCAAAGGCGCUGCUGCACUCGUUCUUCUGGAGUGACCCGCUGCCCAGCCGGCCGUCUGAGCUGCCCGUGCCCCCAGAGCAGGAGCCACAGUUCGACAUGGACACCUGCUUCGGCACGUGCAGCCAGGAAGCGUCGCCGGGCUGGUAG